AUGGAUUUAGAAUAUCAGCAAUUAAAUGAUACGAAUGGUUGGGUAGAGUUGUACAAAUCUAUCGUUCAAUCCAGCGAUAACAUCAAACACAAAUGUGUUCAAGCGAAGGUGCCUUCUAAUGUCAAGAAAAAUCGCUACAAUAACGUCUUACCAUACGAUGAAACGCGGGUUAAACUCAAAGGCGAGAAUGAUUACAUUAAUGCCAGCUUUGUUUCGGGUCCGCUUGACCAUACAGCUGCUAGUUUUUGGCAAAUGGUAUGGGAACAGAACAGUAGAGGAAUCGUAAUGUUAAACAAGCUAACCGAAAAUGGAUCUAUUAAGUGUUACCAAUACUGGCCGUUGCAUAAAAAUCAGCCCCUACGUUUUAGAAAUCACUUUCAAGUGACUUUAACUGAAGAAAUAUACGAGAGUGACGAUUGCAUCAUUCGACAGCUUAACCUUGUAAACGAAAAGGAUAGCGAGUCAAGAACUAUUUUUCAGUAUCAUUUUACGUCCUGGCCCGAUUUUGGCGUUCCAAGAUCUCCUGCUUCAUUUUAUGAAUUUGUGGAUCGUAUCAGAAAUUCUGAGAGCCAUAGCACAGAAUAUGGUCCACUCAUUAGUCAUUGCAGCGCUGGAAUUGGUCGUUCAGGAACUUAUUGUCUAGUCAACUUAUGCCUUUUACAAAUUCAAGAAAAUGAGGAUUUGUCAGUACAACCAAAGGAGAUCUUAAUUGAUAUGAGAAAGUGUAGGAAAGGCUUAGUGCAAACACAAGAACAGUUACGCUUUGCGUAUGAAGUCACUCUUUAUGGCGCGUUUAAAAUCCUAAGACAUGAUAAGAUUUCCUGUUCAAUAAAUUUUGAUAUUAGUAAUGAUAAUCUUAAACGUAACAUCAAGAAGGUAUCAACAUCUGCAGCACCUUCCAAGCCGAAGAGGAGUAGAUCAACUCUUCGUACUACAACAAAUGACUCUAUAACCGUUUAUAAUAGUAAUACUAGUACUAAAGAUCAAUCCGUAGAUCUAAGAAAUUCUUCAAAUUCAGCGAGUGAAUCGAAUAACAAUUCUCCAGAAGAUACAUCUGGUCAAUCCUUACGACAUAGAAGCUAUAAGGAGAAGCAAGAAAAGACCGCAACUUUAGUUGCCGAAAUUAAGAAGAAAGUUGUUAAAAAUGAGCGACGAAGUUUUCUUUUGCGUUACUUAUAUCGUGCUGGUGUCCGCGAUACAUGA